AUGGAAAAACUCAAGACUCUCCUCAUUGCCAAUCGAGGUGAAAUUGCGGUCCGCAUCAUCAGGACAGCAAAAGCUCUAGGUAUACGCACCAUAUCAGUCUACUCAGCUGCGGACGCCGCAUCGCGCCAUGUAACAGCUGCAGACGAGGCCGUCUUGCUCUCCGGCAGUGACUCAACCGUAUACACUGAUGGCGACAACAUCAUCGCCAUAGCAAAGCAGAAAGGAGUCGAUGCCAUCAUCCCUGGCUAUGGCUUCCUCUCCGAGAAUGCCGAAUUCGCUAGACAGGUCGCAGACGCUGGAAUUGUCUGGGUGGGCCCGAGUCCGGAAGCAAUCGAAGCCUUUGGCGUGAAGCACGUAGCACGAGACCUGGCUGAAAAGGCUGGCGUGCCAAUUGUUCCCGGCACCAAAGGCCUCGUGGAAAGUGCUGACGAUGCCGUCCAAGCAUCCGAGAUGCUCGGUUUCCCCGUCAUGCUGAAGGCUACAGGAGGAGGUGGUGGUAUGGGUUUGGUGACCUGCUACAAUGUCGAUGAGGUUCGGUCUGGCUUUGACAAAGUGCAGUCGCGAGGCAAGACAUUGUUCAAGAACUCUGGCUUGUUCAUCGAGAAAUACUAUGCAGCCUCUCGCCACAUCGAGGUGCAGGUCUUUGGUAAUGGCCAAGGAUCAGCGAUUCACUUUGGCGAAAGAGAGUGCUCUAUCCAGCGCCGUCACCAAAAAGUCAUCGAAGAGUGUCCGAGUCCAUUCGUCGAGAAGCAUCCUGGUUUGAGAGAGAAGCUCGGUGAUGCGGCUGUCAGUCUUGCAGAGUCUAUCAAGUAUGGUUCUGCCGGUACGGUGGAGUAUCUGGUUGACGAUGCAUCUGGAGACUAUUUCUUCUUGGAGAUGAACACUCGACUUCAAGUGGAGCACGGAAUUACAGAGCUCUGUUAUGAUGUUGAUCUGGUAGAACUCAUGCUUCAGCAAGCCGAUGCUCAACUCAAAGGUCAAGGCGGACUGGGAGCGGGCUCUCUGAAGAAAAUGCAGCCAUCAUCCCCGAAGGGCUCCGCAAUCGAAGCCAGAGUCUAUGCAGAAAAUCCUCUGCGUGAUUUCGCCCCUUCUCCCGGUCUCUUGCAAUCUGUGUCUUGGCCAGAACAACACAACGAUCGGAUCCGUAUCGAUACAUGGGUCUUCACCGGAGCUACCAUCACACCCAACUAUGAUCCACUCAUAGCCAAAGUCAUGUUUCAUGGUCCCUCUAGGAAAGAGGCUGUAGAAGGCAUGCAAAAUCUACUUUCGUCGUCCAAGAUCUGCGGUCCACCAACCAAUCUCGACUUCUUGGAAGAGAUCAUACGCGAUGAUAGAUUCAAGGCUGGAAACACCUUGACUAACUUCUUGGACUCGUUUGACUUCAAACCUGCCGCUAUCGAUGUUAUAUCGGCAGGCGCUUAUACCCUUAUACAGGACUUGCCAGGCAGGCCGACAGUAGGCAAAGGUAUCCCUCAUUCCGGUGCGAUGGACCCCAUUGCCUUUUCGCUCGCAAAUAUCCUUGCUGGAAAUCGUCCAACUACAGAAGCCCUGGAAAUAACUCUGAGUGGCCCGGAACUACACUUCGUACGUCCAGCUGUGGUCGCUCUGACGGGUGCUCCAAUGGACGCCCAACUAGACGGGCAAUCGUUCUCAAUGUGGCAGCGAUACCACAUCAAGGCUGGACAAAAGCUCAAGAUUGGCAAGACAACAGCCUCUGGAUGUAGAGCCUAUCUUGCUGUCUACGGCGGCUUCCCUACCGUGGCCGAGUACUUCGGAUCAAAAUCUACCUCUCCAAUUGUGGCAAUUGGUGGUUACCAAGGACGUCAACUUGCACCUGGAGAUCUGCUAGCUGUUGUUGAUGAUAUUCCUGAAUCUAUCUCGAGCUCGAGUGUCAGCUUGCCGAAGACUCUUGUGCCUGUCUACUCUAGUGAGUGGGAAAUCAUGGCCAUGGUCGGACCACACGACAUAGAAUAUCUCCUUCCCGAAGACAUUGACAUGAUCUACACCACUACGUGGAAAGUCUCACACAACGCCAGUCGUAGUGCUAUCAGACUGAUUGGACCCGUUCCUAAAUGGGCCCGUAAGGAUGGUGGCGAAGGUGGCGCUCAUCCCUCAAAUCUGGUCGAGUACGGUUACCCCAUAGGAGCACUCAACUGGACUGGUGACGAUCCAUGCCUAUUCCCCGUAGACUGCCCCAACUUCGGUGGCUUCGUUUCCAGCACAACUGUCAUUCGAGCGGAAUGGUGGAAACUAGGCCAGCUCAAGUCAGGAGACACUCUAAAGUACAAGAGGGUAUCUCUGGAAGAAGCACUUUCUUUACGCAAGCAAAAUGACUAUUUCAUCGAGUCGAUCGAAAACGCUGUAAAGGAUAACAGCGGAUUCGAGGAUGUCAAGCCUCUUAACUCUGCCUUUGAGCCCUCUGGCAAUUUCGGCAAGUCGGUCAUUUGGGAGAGACCUCAAGAGGGCCGACAGCCUCUGGUCAGAUACAGACAAGGCGGAGACGACCACAUCAUCGUUGAGUAUGGCAACGAGGAGUUUGAUCUGAACCAUCGCUGCAGGACGACGGCGCUUGAGAAGGCUAUUCGAUCUUCGGACCCCAAGUGGCUCAACAACACUGUAUCCUGCUGCACUAGCGUCACGCUUUUCUACAAUGGCCUGGAAAUCGAAAGACAGAAGUUGGUAGCACAUCUCCAACGCCUGGAAGAAGAGUUGGGCGACCUCAGCUCCGUCAAGGUGGCUUGUCGAAAAUUCCGCCUUCCGCUCUCAUUCGAGUCGAAAACGCAGGAGGAAGCGACAAAGAGGUAUAUGGAGACGCAACGGCCACAUGCGCCGUACCUUCCCAGCAACUUUGAUUUCGUCGCUAAGAACAAUUCCUUCACUUCAGACCAGCUACGAGACAUUUUCCUCACUGGCCAGUUCAUGGCUGUCGUGAUAGGGUUCUAUGCAGGCAACACGGUAUCGUUACCGGUCGAUCCUCGUCAACGAAUGUCGUGCCCAAAGGCGAACCCAAGUCGAGUAUUUACACCUGAAGGCACCGUAAGUUGGGGCGGCUCCUGCAUGUCAAUCUACCCAGUCGAUAGCCCAGGUGGAUACCAGAUGACCGGGCGCACGAUUCCCAUUUUCGAUGCACUGGGUUGGAAAAGCGGAUUCUCUCCUUCACGGCCCUACCUGUUCCAAGACUUCGAUAUAUUAACCUACUACCAGGUCAGUGAGCAAGAGCUAGAUGUGUUGCUUGCAGACUUUCGCAGUGGUAGGUACAAGUUCGAAUGGGAGGACAUUGAGUUCGACAUGGCCGAACACAACAAGUUGUUGGCAGACACAGCCAAGGAAGUCGAGGGCAUUCGUGCCGAACAAGCAGUUGCUCAAGCUGAAAUGACAAAGGCAGAGAAUGAGAGCCUGGCCAAGUGGAGAGAGGAAAAGGCGAAGAACAAAGUCGACGACAGCACAAUUGAAUCCAUGUUGGCUGGUAAGUUUCUCAAAUUCCCUUCAUUGUCGAUGGAACUCGCUAACGGCAAACANGAUCCCAAGUACACAACUAUAGACUCACCGGUCGCUGCGAAUGUCUGGAAGAUCAUGGUUGAAGAAAAGCAGACCAUCAAGCCAAACCAAACCAUAGUCGUCCUCGAGGCGAUGAAGCUAGAGAUUGCAGUAAACGCUCCGCCAGAUCAGAAAUCUGCAAAGGUUGAGAGACUGUUAGUUGCUCCCGGCGAGACUGUGAAUGCAGGUGCUCGCAUUGCGUUGCUGAAGUUUAAGGAUUGA